AUGGCACCUGCCAUCGCCAACGCAGUCAGAGUCAGACAAGCACAAGCGACAGCAGCAUCAUCACAAGACACAUCCCCGGGAGACCACAUCAUACCAAGCAGCAACGGUCUCGGCCCCAGCACCAGCACGCCGGGGAGCAGCACCACCGCCGAAGACACGACAACUACCAACACCAUCACCGUCCUCAUCGUCGUCAUCAUCCUCUGCGGCUCCGCAAUCAUGUCGGCCGCCCUCUUCUACAUCUUUGACCGCAAAAAGAACCGCCAAUUCCGCGAGGCGUGCAAGCGGGACCCGUACCUCACCCGCAAGGAGUUCACGCGGCGGCGCAAGCUGAGCGCCUUCGAGCGCCUCGAGGAGGAGGAGCUGCAGCGCAGCAUCAUGAUCCGCAAGUCGCUCGCCAGCAAGACGCCCUCGCGGUCCACCAGCCGCGGCUCCUCCAGCGAGGAGGACGAGGAGGCGUUCAACCUGGGCACGCUGCGGCGGCACGCAGCGCUGGCGAGGAUGAUGCCGGAGCCGCCGUGCGAGCACCGCGAUAUCCUCCAGCAGCAGCAGCAGCAGCAGUAUCACAACCAGCACGAGCAGGCGAUGAUGGGGGGCGAGUGGGCGCCCAGCGAGGCGCGGCGGGCGCGGUCCGACUCGGAGUCCUCGUCCUCGUGCGUGUCCUCGGCGGACGGCAGCAGGCGACAGAGAGCGUACGCGGAGCCACAUCCGGGCGUGGAGGUGGAGAUCCCGUUGCCCCCGCGAUCGAGGACGCCGUCGCCGACGCGGGCGCUGAUCAGGAAACCGGUGCCCCCACCUGCGACGCCGGUGGUGGUUUACAUGCCCACCGGCCGUGGCAGUGACGUGUCCAGGGUGUUGCCACCGCUGCCGAGGCCGUCUGAUGCGCCGGUGCAUUUGCACACCGCGACUGCUUUAAACACCGCCAAACUGCAUUCGCCGCUCUUUGUCCAACUCACCAACGACCUCCUCUGGACUCAGGCACACAGCGUCAAAGAACCGUCAGGCAACCACAAGGCGGUCGUCAACAAGCGGCAAGAACUCCGGCGUAGAAGAAAGGAGCUCAGGCGUCGCCGCAAGGUUUUUGACGAAAACAACAACAUCUAUACACCCAAGAAGUACAAGCCCAAGAUGCUUCCCAGCGACAACGAAAAUGCCGAAGGGUUUCGGGACGAUCUAAAUAUGGUUGUGAUGUGUCCCGACUGCAAGGAGUACCCGCCCAACCUAGUCGAGGAGUUCUCUUCGGGAGACAUGGUCUGCGGCUCCUGCGGACUUGUCGUCGGCGAGCGCAUCAUCGACACCCGAUCCGAGUGGCGUACCUUCGCCAAUGACGACCAGGGCAACGACGAUCCGUCCCGUGUCGGUGACGCGGUCAACCCUCUCCUCAACGGCUCCCAGCUCGAGACCACCAUCGCCUUUGGUGACGGCAGAGAUUCCAAGCAGCUCGCUCGUCUGCAGAACAAGUCCCAGAACGACAAGGCUAGCAAGUCUCUCAUGCAGGCAUACAAGGAAAUUGGCGCUUUCUGCGACAGUAUCAACCUGGGCAAGAACGUCUCUGACGCCGCCAAGCACAUCUUCAAGCUCACCUACGACCACAACUUCAUGAAAGGCAAGCCACAAGAAGCUGUCAUCGCAGGCUGCAUCUUCAUCGCUUGCCGUCAGACCGGAGUCGGCCGUACCUUCCGUGAGAUCUUCCAGGUCACGCACGUCUCCAAAAAGGAGAUCGGAAGGGUGUUCAAGCAGCUCGAGUCGUUCCUCCAGAAGAUCAAGGAGGAGAACCCCCGCGGUGCUGGCUCCCUGUCGAACUUGGAUGGUUACAAGGCUAGUGCCUCCACCAGCGCCGAGGACCUCUGCACGCGUUUCUGCUCCAACCUCAACUUCCGCAAUGCCCAAAAGAUUGAGAACGUCUCUCGGGCGCUUGCACGUAAGACUUCGAGCGUUUCUGAGCUUGCUGGACGUUCCCCGCUGUCUGUCGCGGCCGCGUGUAUUUACAUGGCGGCUCACCUGAUGGCGGAGCCCAAGACUUCAAAGGCCAUCGCUGGCGUGGCCGGCGUCAGCGACGGAACCAUCAAGACUGCCUACAGAUUUCUUUACAAUGCUAAAGGUAAACUCGUUGAGAAGGAAUGGGGCUAUGAUAAGAAGGCUUUCGACACCCUUCCCUCAAACUAG